UGCACUAAUCGCCUGCCCCGGGCAUAGGAGGAGCUUGGUGUUUAAGUAGGCUGCCAAUCAGUCAGUCAGCUCCACAUCCAGAAGCUCCCGCGGCCAGAUACGCGCAUCACUCCGCACUCGAGGUGCCAAACUGCGGCUCUGACACAACUGCGGGUCGGUGGAAGUGGGAAAGCUUGACAGUUACUUAAAGGGGGACUCUGGUGAUUUAGACACCCCCUUCAUCCUCUACUUCUUUCUGGGAAUUGCUACUUUCUCUUUUUUUUUUUUCCUUCUUUUUUUUUUUUGUUGGUUUGUUGCUGCCUCUUAUUUGGCUUUGAGAGAGAGAUUUACAGUAUACGCGGUUUUUGUCCCCCGCCCCCCCGGACAUGUCUUUCCCUCAGCUGGGGUACCCCCAGUUCCUCAGCGCGUCCCAUGAGAUGUACGCGGGCGAGCGGCCGGCCUCCGCCCGGGAAGGAGGCACCGAGGGCGGCUUGAGCUCGUCCGCCACCGCCGCUGCGGUCGGCUCCAUGCUGGGGAUGUACGGGAGCCCGUGGGCGGCCCACAACUACAGCGCCUUCCUGCCGUACAGCGGAGCCGCAGACCUCGCCCUCAUAUCGCAGAUGGGCUCCCAGUACGAGCUGAAGGACAGCCCGGGGUCCCACCCGGCCUCUCUGCCGGUCCACGCCGCCCAAGGCUUCUACCCAUACGGCCAGUACCCGUACGGGGACCCGUCGAGGGCCAAGACCGCCACCCGGGAGACCACCAGCACCCUGAAGGCCUGGCUGCAGGAGCACCAGAAGAACCCUUACCCCACAAAGGGAGAGAAGAUCAUGCUCGCCAUCAUCACCAGGAUGACACUCACACAGGUCUCGACGUGGUUCGCAAACGCGCGCAGGCGCCUGAAGAAGGAGAACAAGGUAACCUGGGGCCGCAGCGCCGAGGACCGGGACGGCCGCAUCUUCAGCAGCGACAACGAGGACGAGCACGGCAAGAACGGCAGCGACGACGACGACGAAGAGGAGGAGAUCGAUCUGGAAACCGUCGACAUCGAAAGACCCGAGGAGCAGCGGGCGGGGGAGCAGGGCUCCGGGAAGGGGGAGGCUGAGGGAGAGUGCGGGGGCGAGGGAGAGGGAGAGGGGGAGGCCGGCCUGGCGGACAGAGAGCAGGCCUCGGAGCCCAAGAGCUCCGAGAGCAGCAGGACGCUUUCCGUGGAGGGCUCGCGAGGAACGGAGGCGGCGGUUCCUCUCGACAGAUCGCCCGUCGUCAAACUCGCGGUGGAUCGUUCCCCGGGCAGACAGGACUGCCAGAGACCGCCGCAGAGCAAACCCAAAAUCUGGUCCCUGGCCGAGACCGCCACGGCCCCGGACAGCUCUCACAGACCUCCCCCCGCGGCCCAUGCGCACCACCCGGCUUUGGCCUCCGCCGGCCACCCGGCCCUGCUCUCGGGCCAUGGGAUUUACACGUGCCAGAUCGGCAAACUGCACAACUGGGCCAACGCGGCUUUUCUGAACGCCAAUUCUAUUUUGAACAUGCGGUCGCUCCUCGGAGGAGCGCCGGCCGGACACCUGCCUCUCCACGGAGCGGUGCCGGUGGCGCGUCAUGACGCGCGGCCGGCCGCGGCGGGGCCCGGAACUUCGGGGACGGAGGAUGACAGCGAUGUGGAGUCGUCGGGAAGCUUCAGCCCAAAAAGAGAUGACGAGGAGAGCGACCACAGGCCUGACUCCCUGAAGUCCCCGUUCCAGCGGAUAUCUGACAGACCUCACCACGGGACGGCACCACAGCGAGUUGUGACAACGACAUUAUGAGAAGACUCAGAGAAAGAGAAAGGAAUCAUUUUAUUUAAGGGAGAACAGUUUAAUGAAGGCUAUUUCUUUUGGCAGUGCUACCUGUCAUAGUAUUACCGUUUAGCUUCUACAUGCAAAAGAGGUGGUUGUUUUUGUCACAGAUUUGCUUGUAUCUCUCUUUUAUGUCCUAUAUGUUUCUUCUUCGGUUGUGAAUGGAAACCUUUAAAAAUUGUAAAUACAGGAUAUGAAUUUGUCUUUAAAGAAUAUAUUUUUUUGGGAACUAAAUAAAUGUCAUUAUAGUCAUUUA